CUCAAGCAGUCAAGCUCCUCCUCCUCCUCCCCCCCAGUCCCUCCCAGGCUCCCACCCCGCCUUGCUCGCAGCCUCCCCAAAACCCUAGCCCUAGCCCUAGCCCUAGCUCUCCCACACCCGCACUGGGAGAUGGACGGCGGCGGCACGCACCGCACGCCGGAAGACGUGUUCCGGGAUUUCCGCGCGCGGCGGGCUGGUAUGAUCAAAGCGCUCACCACCGACGUGGAGAAGUUCUACCAGCAGUGUGACCCAGAGAAAGAGAAUCUGUGUUUGUAUGGUCUUCCCAAUGAAACAUGGGAAGUGAACUUGCCUGCAGAGGAGGUUCCUCCUGAACUUCCAGAGCCAGCUCUGGGAAUUAAUUUUGCUCGUGACGGGAUGGAUGAAAAAGAUUGGCUGUCACUAGUCGCGGUGCACAGUGAUGCUUGGUUGCUGGCUGUGGCCUUUUACUUCGGUGCAAGAUUUGGUUUUGACAAAGAAUCCAGGAAGCGCCUUUUUGUCAUGAUUAAUAACCUCCCUACAAUAUAUGAAGUUGUCACGGGAACUGCCAAGAAGCAAACCAAGGAGAAAACUCCGAAAAGCAGCAGCAAGAGCAAUAAAGCUGGCCCAAAACCGCCACGCCAGCCAGAACCCAACUCAAGGGGUUCGAAGAUGCCACCUCCGAAGGAUGAGGAUGACAGCGGAGGCGAGGAAGAGGAGGAAGAGGAAGAUCACGAAAACACGCUGUGUGGUUCUUGUGGUGACAACUACGGACAGGAUGAGUUCUGGAUAUGCUGCGAUGCGUGCGAGACUUGGUUCCAUGGCAAGUGUGUCAAGAUCACUCCUGCCAAGGCCGAACACAUCAAGCACUACAAGUGUCCGAACUGCAGCGGUAGUGGCAAGAGAGCCCGAGCAUGAUGAUGCUGGAUAUAUCCAUCUCUCAUGCCUGACUUGAUGUAAAACACCCACAUGGGGACCGAAUGCCCGAUGGUUGUUGCUUUCAGUGUAGGACCAGCUGUAGGGUCUUGAUGUGCUGUUUGCUGUAGUAUGUCAAAGACGUUCUAGAUCUAUUGUUAGUAACUAGCAACUAAUUGUAGUAGCCUGUAUUUCUUCAAUCUUCUCCCAGGGCGCCUGUGCUGAACUCAAACUGUUUUAGAUCUAAGUUGUGCAUUAUGUAUCACUCAUGUUAGUUUGUUAAAAAAUGUGUUAGCAUUCGUAU